AUGGCUUCAAGCCACAGUUCUUCACCAGUGCCUCAAAGAAGCAUCAGUGAUGUGUUCUUUAAAAAGGAGGUAGAUUCAGCAAAACACAUUCAACCUGUGCAGUCACUGCCAGAUGUGUGUCCCAAGGAACCCACAGUUACAGAUCAACAUAGAUGGACUAUAUAUCAUUCCAAAGUAAAUCUCCCAGCAGCAUUAAAUGAUCCUAGAUUACCACACAGAGAAUCGGACUUCUUCACAAAAACAUGGGGAUUGGACUUUGUAGAUACAGAAGUCAUACCUUCAUACUACCUCCCACAGAUCAGCAAGGAACGUUUUACAGCAUAUCAACAGGAAAUCUCUCAGAGAGAGAAGAUUCAUGAGAGAUGCAAGAAUAUUUGUCCUCCUAAAGAUACCUUUGACAGGACUCUUUUACACAUUCAUGAUAAAUCCAGGACAGAUCUGGAUCAAGUACCUAAGAUUUUUAUGAAACCAGAUUUUGCCUUGGAUGAUUCCUUAACUUUUAAUUCAGUUUUACCAUGGUCUCAUUUUAAUACUGCUGGUGGAAAAGGUAAUCGUGAUGCAGCUUCAUCAAAGUUGCUUCAAGAAAAGCUGAGCCAUUAUCUGGAUAUUGUGGAAGUAAAUAUUGCUCACCAGAUUUCUCUACGUUCAGAAGCAUUUUUUCAUGCAAUGACCUCUCCACAUGAAUUGCAGGACUACCUCAAGAAAACUUCCCAGGCUGCAAAAAUGCUUCGAGAUAAAAUUGCACAGAUUGAUAAAGUAAUGUGUGAAGGAUCACUACAGAUUUUAAGACUGGCACUUACCAGAAAUAAUUGUGUUAAAGUAUACAAUAAACUGAAGUUAAUGGCCACUGUACACCAAACUCAGCCUAAAGUACAGGUGUUAUUAUCCACUUCUGAAUUUGUUGGCGCAUUGGACUUAAUAGCAACAACACAAGAGGUUCUACAGCAGGAACUUCAGGGCAUUCACAGUUUCUGGCACUUGGGAUCACAGCUUUGUGAAUUAGAAAAACUGAUAAGUAAAAUGAUGAUUGCAGAAUUUUCUACUUAUUCUCACAGUGACUUAAAUAGACCACUGGAAGAUGACUGUCAAGUUUUAGAAGAGGAAAGAUUAGUGUCUCUUGUAUUUGGACUUUUAAAACAAAGAAAACUUAAUUUUUUAGAAUUCUAUGGUGAAGAAAUGAUUAUUACAGCAAAGAAUAUCAUUAAACAGUGUGUGAUUAAUAAAGUUUCACAAAUAGAAGAAAUAGACACAGAUGUUGUUGUGAAGCUUGCAGAUCAAAUGAGAAUGUUGAAUUUUCUCCAGUGGUUUGAUCUAUUAAAGGAUAUUUUCUCUAAGUUUACAAUUUUCCUACACAGAGUUAAGGCAGCAUCGAACAUCAUUCACAGUGUUGUUCUCUCAGUUCUUGACAAAAACCAAAGGACUAGAGAACUGGAGGAGAUUUCACAGCAGAAGAAUGCUCCAAAAGAUAAUUCACUGGACACAGAAGUGGCUUAUUUAAUCCACGAAGGCAUGUUUAUAAGUGAUGCAUUCAAUGAGGGUGAAUUAGCACCUGUAGCAGUUGACACUACCUCUCAAAGAAAUGCAUCUCCAAAUAGUGAGCCCUGCAGCAGUGAUUCUGUGUCCAAACCAGAAUGUACUACUGAUUCUUCAUCCAGCAAAGAGCAGACAUCAUCAUCUGCAACUCCAGGAGGUGUGGAUAUUAUGGUCAGUGAAGACAUGAAAUUAACUGAUAUAGAGCUAGGAAAGCUGGCAAAUAAUAUCCAAAUUUGUUAA